ACAAUAUGAGAACACACAGUAGAUGAUAUUUAGACUUCAAGGAAUGUUCUCUAUAGACACAGUGCAGAAAAAGGCAGAUACGGGAAGAACCAAAGAGAACGGUCCUUGCUUAAAACCUAUUUGUUCGAUGGAAUUCUUUUGCAAUAACACACAACCGAAUGGCUCCGGUGACAUUCUUUCACAGUGUCAAAGACAAUGGCUGUUUGUAGGUAUCGGUGCACUGCUGGCAGUCUCACUAUCUGUGAAUAUUUUCUGCUGUGUAUCCCAAUGUUGCAGAGGAAAAGGGACAGGUGGAAGAAAAAGUCGGAGUGAUAGGCAGAUGGAAGAAAAUCCUAUUUAUGGAAACAUACAAACAGAUGGGCCUUCAUUCAGAGAAGAUGAUCUUCCACACUCGUCUGUGAGGGACCGACAGAGAACCAAACCUCAGGACUUCUAUGCCAAUCUGAGUCUGAAACCUCCGCGGCCACAGUCUGGUCGCAGCUCUCCACAGACACAGAUGUACUCAGAUGUAGCUCAGUUGGAGUCUGAGGUGGCCCUGGAGCCAGAGAAAGAAGAUGAAGGCAACACAGACGUCGUCUCCACCAUGUCUGAUUUAUACGCUUCUGUCCAAACUCAGCGCACCAAAAUGGUCGUCACUGCAGACACCGGAGAGGACUAUGCCAACCAUCUCUGAAAAAAAAGUUACAUAUGCUUACAUGCAACAAAUGGUCUUUUUGUAAGGUGACCUGCAGCCACUAGAGAGCACUGUUAUUCAUCAUAUCAAAAAUGACUUGUGAGUUGAUGGUGCACAUGCACACAUAUCUCUCAUGCAACCCACUGGUAUUGGUUUUACUAGAGAACAAUCUGUCAAUACAGUUAUUUUUAAGCUUAUUUUUGAGUUUUAUUUAAAUCAAAAGAAAUACAGCCUGUGUUUGGUAAUGUAUUCUUUAGUGAAAUGAUACUCAUGGAUUAUUGAACUUAAACUCUGCCUAUACAUCAAUCCGCAUUCAAAAUUCAGAUAUCAAUAAGUAAAAUAUAUUUUUGAGUUUUGUACUUUUUCUUUUACUUCCUCUGUCGAUGAAGUCAGGGAUGUUUGUCUGCUUUGCCUCAUCCUUAUCUCUUCUAAGGUUCAAUUAAGGUCGUGCACAUCUGAUAUGUUAAUGUUUAAACCUGCCAAGUCACAGAAUCCUUGAUGCAUUUCCACCUGAUAACAUUACUGAUAUAAAAUAAAUGAUAAUAACAAUGAUUUAAAAUAAAAUCUAAACUUUGUUUGACUCUAUCAUAUUAGUUUUGUUCAGUAAUUCAGUUGUCAGGCUCUGUAACAUUAAAUUUACUGCAACACACAUUUAUUAAAAACUGCUUACUUCUUGCUUA